AUGGCGUCCUCCUCUCGUUAUCAGUUGGCUGACAUUUUGAAAAUUAAUCCUGCAGCUGAUCACCACUGUCUCGGUCUCUCGCACUCUUACAACCGUCGCUGCAACAAUCUGAUCAGCUAUCAGAAGCGUCAGGAAGCUCACUCCCUGAUUGAACGAGGCUCCCGCGUAUUUGCAGCUACCUCUUCCAUAUCCGCUGUCGAUCCGCUUCUUGUCGACAUCGCCAGCCUCCUUCUCUGCCCCAACCAGCACCGAUACCAAUUCUUGACCCUGGUCGCCCAGUGGGAAGCGAAACUGCAGCGGUAUCUAGCUGAGCAGCGAUCCGGCGCUCCCAUCGCAGUCAUGUCAAACAGCUACUUUCACAUGCCCCCCAACCCCACCAUCAUGGCUACGGGUAGUGGGAUUGCGGUCACCAACCUGACAACCACCCAUGGGCCCGGCUCAUCGAGCAGAAUCACCAUCCAGCAUGGCAUGGUCGGGAUGGGUGCAAACCAUCAUCACCACGUGCAGAGCCCAAGACCCCGAGUCGAGAUCAUCCGUCCCGCGGGCGACCCUGUUGCUGCUACCACCUCGAUGUCAGCCUCAGCUUCCAGCAGUGCUUCCCCUUCUCCGCACGCCAAUUCUGCAUUCCAUCACCGUCCCCACACCCCGGCUGUCCAACUCGUCAGCAGCACCUUGAUCGCUUCGGGCCAUACUCACCCCGCCCAUCAAGGAAGUCCGAGACCACUUCCGUCUGGACCAAACACUAUAUCUAUGUACUGCGACUCACCUACCGCCCCAAAGCAUCAUCGCGUCAAGCCUCGCCCUGUGGAUGGCGACUGCGGAAUAUGUCUUCUCCCGUAUCUGGAUGAGAGUAUGCGCUGCGACAUGUCCGACGAUGGGCGAACGGACGACGAUGAGGAUGACGAAUGGGAGGAACUGGACGACGAAGAACUUGCCGGCCCGGACUACGAUCACGGCCUUCUGGUCUGGUGCCGGGGAUCCUGCGGGACCAACUACCACCGGGCAUGCUUGGAGCAGUGGCUCGACACCUUUGACACCCUGGAGCCGACGUGCCCGACCUGCCGCAACUACUGGAUUCUUUAG